UGCUGCAGGUGUGGCUGCACCUCGACGACGUCGCAGCGCUCACGCGCGUCAAUCGUCGUCUCCACGAGCUGGCGAGCGACCGUCAUUUCCAGGCGCAGUUCUUUCUGCACCGCUACCAGCCGUGGUCUGCCAUCUUCCACGCGAUCGGACGCCCUAGGCUCUUCCACGCCGAGCUCCUAGACCGCCUGCUCCUGUCGGGCGCCGUGCUGUCGCGAGCCCUCGUCCAGUCCUUGGUCUUCACGUUCAGUGCCUCGGGCUGCUGUCAUAUGGACCAACCGGGCGACUGGGGCAAGAAGAUCACCUUCCAGGCCUAUUCGGCAGUCGUGAAGGCUGGUGCAGACAAGUACGGCAACAUUCCCCUCGUGCCCAACAAGCUCGACCAGCGUAUCUUCAGGGAGUGGCUCUCAGGGCCGGUAAAGACGGCACCCAGCGCGGUGCGCGAGCUGUUCGAGUCCUACGACUUUAUGCCUCUGCCACUGCACACCUAUGUAGCCCGCGCUCCGUACGAUCCGACCAAGCCGAAGCAGCUUCUGGCAGCAGCGCUGUGCAAAGACCGCACUCUGGCGCCUCUUGCGCGCGCAAAUGGCUAUCAACCGAAUCACCGCGAUGCACUCGCUAUCACGCGCCGCAUCUUCCAGUCAGGUGUCAUGCCCGAGAUCAUGGUCAAGAAAAUCGAGGAGCUGGAUAGCGAUGGCGUCGGCUGGGUCACGCGUACUGUCGCAAGCAACGUUCUGCUUGGGCUGCGCCACAUUGAUCGUGCUCCUAUCGACUCAGACGAUAAAUCCGGACCCGGUCCAGCCCUCGCAGCGCUCCGCCGGCAGCAGCAGGACGCCUAUACUGCCCUGCAGAAGCUAGAGCAGAAUGGGUCUCUCAGAUUCUCUCUGCGCGGAGUCGUCAUCGAGCUGCUGCAGCUCCUGAGCGCCAAUCCCAGCAGGGCGACACUACCUCCACUGCUGAAGGCACUUUCCAAGGACUUCCCGAACCUGCCGUUCAGCUCGGCCCUCGUACCUGCGGUGUUCCGCACCGCAGAAGAGGACGAUCUCAGCAUCACGGAGAUUCAUCAGCGCAUCAAAGAAUGCGAAGUGUCGGCGGCGGAUCUGAUGACAGUCGCCGUCUGCAAUGCCACGUUGACAGUCAGGUGCAUCCUCUACGGCCGCAAGUUCGUGCCGGAUUUCGAUCUACAGGCAUUCGUGGACGAGCUGGUGGAAAGUCUCGUGCAUCAGCCAUAUCGGGGCGCCAUGCUUGGGAGCCUGCUGCACCUGGAGGCCCAGAUCGAUGACAUUGAAGUUCUCGAUGCCCGUACGCCACUCUCGCUUGCAGUGAUGCGGCUCGACUUUGACGUGGCCGCUUUGCCUUCGCGGUCACUCAACGUGUCCCAGUACGAGGCGCUCGUCGCAUGGCCCACCUCCGUACGGUCCCCUCUCGCCUUCGACUGGCGGGCCCCCUUACGGGAAACGCCGAUGUCGGGCGAUGUGCAGCCCAGGGCGGUCUCGGGCUUCACCAUCUUCGGAUGCGACGAUGAGGACGCAGCCACGGCCAUCAUCACAAAAGCUCUGGGCUCUGAUGAAGCCGAGGCAGAGCCAGUCGCACGCAGCUUUGGUAUCGCAGAGAUUGACCAGACGGGACUUGGGCAGGUCGAACUUCGCAGUCUCGCGGAGAUCGUCGACGAAGAAGACGAUGUGCAAUUCGUUAAUGCGCGGACAGAGCGAGUCUCGGCCAAGAUGCGUGCCAACAAUGUCUUCGGCAUCAUUCCUGAGCUUGCGACUCCGCUCGCAUGCGAGAUCAUUUGGGCUUUGGGCCCCUCAUCCGCCGCCGCGAACGUCGUGAUGAAACAUGCGGUCUUGAAUCAAAACAAGGCCCUCGUCGCGGACCUGAUCGAGGAAAACGUGCCGGUCUCCGGCGAGCUUCUCCACCUCAUCGCCAGGCUUAACCUCGCAGUCCCGCAGGCACUCUGCGCUGCUCUCGUCACCGAAGCGGCGCCGUUCCGCGCCUUCGCAAAUAGCUCCGACGAUGCCUUGGAGCUACCGAGUUCGCAGCAGGCCAGUGGAACACCUUCUGCAGCCGAGCGCGCCGUCGUAGCCGCCUGGCAUCCCGGCAACGGCACGUACCAGUCUGUCGAUCUCUCUCACGUCAACGGCGUCCUCAGGAUCAGCCCGGCGGCGAGCACAGUCCCGAAAGUCGCCAGAUUCCUGCCGCCUCGGGUCUCGCCUUCGUCUACACCGCCGUCGAGCCCACAAGAGCCGUCAGAGGCCGCGACGAAGCCGGCUGACAUAGAUGCCGCGCCGGCGCCGAACAAGGCGCUGGCUCAGCGUCGAAGUGGACGACGCACGGCUACACGCGUCAGCUACGCAGACAGUCCUGAGGCCUCCGACGCGUCGGAGAACGGAGGCGACAGUAGCGAUGAUGCUGAGUAUCACAGGGAGGAGGAUGACGAACAAGUCUGGGUGGAGUUCGACAGCAUGCCUGAGCGCAUGAGCCAGCGGCGCCGGCGUGCGAUGGAGACGGCCCUAGUGCAGUGGCAAGACUGCCUGUCCGAUCUCAUCGCCAGAGAGAACUGGUCCGACUCGAUCGCCGUGCUUCUCAUUCACCGCAUUCCCUCUUCCGCACAUCCAGCUUGGUGGGCCCGCUGCACCAGAUGCUACAACCCGGUGAAGACUUCUCUCGUCGCGCUCCGCCGCAGCGUAUCGGCCAGACUCAGAAGCCUGAAGAAGGCGAAGCCUGUCGGCAGUGUUACUUCACGACUCGCCGAGGUGGACGACCUGUGGAAAGAGCUGGAAGCGAACGAGCUGCCAAUCGUCAAGGCUCGAGUCAACCGAGCUUUGAAGAAGGACGGAGGGCCGAGGAACAGCAGGUGGCGGCGUAUGGACCGUCGUACGGCUUUCGUGCGCUCCGCCUUCAGCAAGAUGAAGGAGCGUCAACCUUGGAGGAGAUGGCAGAUUGUCGAGGAGGAGGAAGGAGACAAAGAGGACGGUACAUGGGAGCCCGCCAAGGCACAAACGGGAAUGAACUACUACAGCCACGGCUGGCGCGGCCCUUAUGGCUACACGUUUCCGUCAAGCGACGAGAGCUCGGAGGACGAGACCGAGGCACAGCAGAAGCGCGUCAAGACGAAGCCGGGCGAUGCGUCUGUGGGCAAGAAGGCGAAGCGCAAGCACAAGCGCAAGUACCUCCUCCCGCUCGCCGGAGGCAGUGCCUCCGGCGAGGAGGCCAGCAACGCCGAGGGCUCGUCAAGCAACAAGACGAUGCGCAAGAAGGCCAAGAAGUCGCGCAAGAGCGAGAAGCGCAGCAAGGGCAAGGACAGCAAGGGCACGAGCAGCAAGUCAGGCAAGAAGCGCAAGCGCGAUGCCGCCUCUUCCUCGGAGGAGAGCGACGAAAGCUCUGACGACGAGUCGGCUCCCUCGCCGGCCGCAAGCGGCACGCAGGCGCAGCCGGCGGUCAUGCGCUCGCCUCGCUCGUCUGCCGAGCCGGAGGAGCAGGAGCCCGACGCCGAGGCGGCAGACCAGCGGGCCAUCUUUCUCGCUGCCACCACGAUCGACAUGUGCGACGACGACAGCGAGCUGAGCGAGCUCGAGGGCGACGCCGGCGCGCUCAGCGACGACAGUGCGCUCAGCGACGCGCCUUCCGACGAGCUGUAGCUCCUCGUCGCGUGCGUCUUCCGCGCGCCGACGCCAGAGGCGCGCGUGCAACUCUCGGCCGUCGCCUCGCCAUCAUCUUCCCGUCCGUCCGCAAGUCUCCCUCCAUCCGUCACCAUUCCCGCCGCAUACGCCAGCGCGGCCCGCCUCUGCGGCCCGCUCGCUCCUCAUCCUGUCCCGUUCCGCCUGUCCGACCGUUGCAUGGGCCCGUCGGCGUGCGUCUUCACCGCGCGCGGGGCCGCAGGAGCCGGGGCGCCGCCAAGUGCGCGCUGGCUUACUCGCGCCAUGCUAGUUCCCUUCCCUCGCGUCACCCCACUCCGGCCGCGCUCGCCACGUCCGAGCGCCGCCCAGCGAAUGCCACGCUUCGCUCCCUCAUGCGUGACGACGGGUGCCAUUUCAAG